UUCAACAUCCACUUUAGCGACAUCCAACAUUGAUAAAGAAAAGUUAACAGUACCGACAGCACAGACUUCAACUUCUACGAAAGGGAAAGCGAAUAAUAGUGCACAGACGCAAUCCACACUUUCAUUAACACAACAAUCACACCAGGCUCCAUAUUCUAUAAAUGAAUCCACACAGGAUUUAUUAGUUAAAUUAACAAAGAAAGAAGAAGAAAUUCAAAGCUUGCUGGGAGAACUUCAAAAUCUUUCACAAACAUUAACACCAGAUUUUUCAUUUGAUCAAUCAUUUCGGAAAAAAUUUCUUGACCCAGCAAUUAAUGUUUUAUUUC